AUGAUUUCCUGGAAUGUCAAAGGAUUGAAUGAGGCUGGGAAGAGACUUCAGAUUCGUAAUUUGUUGCGUGCAUGGAGACCUGAUAUUGUCUGUUUGCAGGAGACUAAACUUGAAUGGAUUACUAGAGGAGUAGUCAGAAGUAUAUGGAGUUGUCCAUAUGUAGACUGGUCGUACUUGAGUUUAGAAGGUGCUUUUGGAGGUAUUGUAUUGAUGUGGGAUCGGAGGGCAGUGGAAAAGGUGGAAGAAGCAGUAGGGCACUUUUCUGUUUCAUGCAAAUUUAGAAACAUAGGCAAUCAAUUUGAGUGGGCUUUUACAGGUUUAUAUGGGCCAAAUUCGAACAAGUGGCGUAGGAAGAUGUGGGAGGAACUGACAGGGCUGAUUAGUUGGUGGGAUGUGCCAUGGUGCCUAGGAGGUGACUUUAAUAUAAUUCGUUUUCCAUCGGAGAGAUUAGGGGCUACAACUAGUACUCAGGCUAUGUAUGAAUUUUUGGAUUUUAUCUCUCUUCAUGGACUGAUGGAUAUACCUAUGGAAGGAGGCCUUUAUACUUGGUCCAACAAUUCCUCUGCCUCUAGAAUUGACCGGUUUCUUUUCUCUCCACCUUUGGCGGAUCAUUUCACUCUAUUUGCACAGAGAAGGUUGUCUAAGAUACUUUCAGACCACUACCCAAUUCUGUUGGAAGGGGGGAGUCAUCGGAGAGGUAGAACUCCUUUUCGUUUUGAAAAUAUGUGGUUGAAGGCGGAAAAUUUUGUGGAUAAAGUGAAAACUUGGUGGGCAUCCUAUUUGUUUCAAGGCAACCCAAGUUUUAUACUAGCUAAGAAGUUGGCUGCCUUGAAGUUGGACCUAAAAAAAUGGAAUGAAACGGAGUUUGGCAAUGUCACUUUAAAGAAACAGCUGUUAUGGAACAAAUUGAAUGACUUGGAUGUUAGAGAGGAGACUCAACCUUUAAUAGCUGAGGAGAAGUUAGAACAAGUUAAUCUCCGUACCGAGAUUGAAAAGCUUACUCUUUUAGAAGAAAUUAGUUAG